GGUCAGCUUCCUCUCUCUCGCCUUCCAGCCCUCCGAAUCAAGUAAGCCUCUCCUCUUUUUUCCUUAGUUUUCCCUUUUAUUCUUCGCUUUUCUUUCCGGUCAAUGUCUUCUUCUGAUAGUCAAGAUAUUUCUGCCUCGGAUGCCCGCGCAUCCGAGGAGUCCUUUUCUUCUUCUUCUUCGACCGGGUCGUCUUCUCCCAUUCCCCAGCCCUGGUCGAUUCCAAACCCUCGCAUCCCUGAGCCGCGGCCGGUAAAUCAGAUGCCCGGUCAUAUUUUUGCGGGGAUGGAGGAGCCGGUCAGCGACGAACCGGCCCCCUAUGACCCGGAUAAUGAGACGCGGGAUCAGUGGGUGGAGAGGUUGGACGCUGCCGGUUAUUCUCCCCUACCUACUUCCUUUGUUAUAGACAUCUACCCCCAUGUUUCCAAAAUAGCUCUAAAUAAGGCCCGUAGGAAUCUCCCAGUGGGCUAUGUUCUUGAAUACGACGGGAACUGGCCCAACAUCAUAGAACCUCACCGGGAGGAUAGAAUAGGUUUUCAUAUUGCUUCUUUAGAAAGCGGUACCGUUUUUCCCCUCCGCCCUCUCUUGGUCGAGUUGUGCCAUUGCUUCAGGAUCCUUCCCGGGCAGAUCACACCCAAUGCCCACCGGUUGCUUAACUCUUUUGCAAACAUUUGCACCCAUCUCCGCAUCGACCCCUCCCUUCGUCUUUUCCUCUACAUGUUCGAGGUUCGUCCCGGUAAACCGGGUUGCGAAGGUUUCGUCUACUUCAAGGGACGGAACAAUCGCAAAUUUAUCUUUGAGCUUCCACAAAGCAACCGCUCAUGGAAGGAAAAAUUUGUCUUCAUAAAAUUUCCUCCUUCUGUCACUCCUCUGGCCGGUUUGAAGUGGAGUGACCAUCUCCUCAAGCACCAGUUCACUGAGCCGCCGACCACUCCGGAUCUGGAGGAGAGCCGAGAACAGCUUCUCAAAGGGGACCCCAACACCGGUCAGAUGUACCACUAUGGGGGUUGGGUCUGGCGCGUCCAACCGGGUGACGAGGGUACCUCCCAGGCCCAUGAAGCAGCGGGGCGCGGGGGACCCUCCCCGGGCAACACUGCGGAGGCUGGAGGCCCAAGUCACCCAGACAUGAAUUUCAGGGCGUUCAACAUGCCGAAGACAACCGGUGGUUCUUCCUCCGCUGCUGCCAAAAACAAGCCGGUGCAACCGGAGACGGUUGUGAUCCAUGACAAUGAGGAAGACCCUCAGACCGGGGGGAUAGACCCGUCAGAGGAUGCACCGGUGAACGCUUCUCCCAACAAGGGAAAGGGAAAGAAGAGGGUGAAGCACGCGGCCACCACCCACCCAUCCUCCAAGAAGAGAAGAGGGGAACAUUCCCCGGUCAAAGAAUCAAUGGAAGAGCUAUGGGUCAAGAUGACCCUCAAGCUGAAAGAGAUGGGCGAGGUUGGGCCGGAAAUCCUGGAGCAGCUCACCGAGGACUCCCCUUCCCGGUCGGCCCAGCUGGAGGAGAAGCUGAAGAGGACUGAGGCCCACAACCGGGAGCUCCAAGAGCUGACCGGGCGCCAGCUCGAUGAGUUGGCCAAUCUCGCCAGGAUGGCCGGGGAAGCGGAUGCCGAGAUCCUCCGUCUGAAGGAGGAAAACCUCAAGCUGAUGGAGGAUUUGGAGCUGAAGGAGAGAGUGUUCCCCGGCAGGGCCAAGCAAUGGGUGGGGGAGAACUUGGAGGGGACGACUCGGGUGAUCACUUCUACUCCGGAGACGACGAUGGAGGCCUUCAAAUUUAUCUACCGGGAGGAGCAGGGAAAGGAGAUGAUCACGCAGAUAGGCUCCUACGGAUUCAUGUCUGGGCAGAAAAGAGACCGGGAGGCUACACAUGCAGUCCUGACUGAACGCGACCCGGCUUUUUCUGCUGAAGCCUAUGGUCUGGCCCCCAUCCCCGAAGAAGAGCCUGAACCCCCUUUCCCCUUGCAGUGAAUUCUCCCCGGCUGCGCCCGGUCAUAUUUUGUAAACUUAAAAUCUUUGAAUUUUCCCGGGGAUGCCCGAUGCAAUAUGUGAUCAUUUAACAUUCUCUUUGAUCACUUUAUCUGAAGGAUCAGCUCGAGUAACUUUGACCAGUCAAACUUUAAUUUUCGCUUUCUUGGCUUGUU